GCGCCUGCUGCCCUUUAAGGGGGCGGAACGGCUGCUGCCGGGAGCGGUUGGGCGGCGGAGCUCGGAGCUGCGGCUCUCGGUCCGGAGCGCGGAGCCGCCUCUCUGGCGGGGCGAAGGGGCGGCCCGAGGGACGUGAGGUGGCAGAGACGGGCGGGAGCAGCGGCAGGGGGGCUGGCCCAAGGGGAAGAGGCGGCGAUCGGCGCGGUGUCUGCGGGUUCGGCUGCGCUGCUCUUCCGGGAGGGUCGGGGCCCUGGGGACCUGCCUCUCGACCAGGCGGAUGAAUGGCGGCUGCGGAUGACCUGAAAUUUCAAGAAUUUGACGAUGCAGCUAAUUUGCUUGCAGCAAAUCCUGAUGCUACCACAAUAAGCAUCGAUGAGCCAGUUGAAAUCCCCAAGAACCAGCACAGCCACCUGCAGGAGUCAGGGAGAGAAGAGGAUGAUGAGUUGCUGGGGACCAGUGACUCGGAUAAAACAGAGUUGCUUGCAGGACAGAAGAAAAGUGCCCCUUUCUGGACGUUUGACUACUACCAGACAUUCUUCGAUGUGGACACAUACCAGGUCCUGGACAGAAUCAAAGGCUCUGUUUUCCCAGUGCCAGGGAAGAAUUUUGUAAGGCUGUAUAUCCGCAGCAAUCCUGACCUUUACGGUCCCUUUUGGAUAUGUGCCACGCUUGUCUUUACCAUUGCUGUUAGUGGCAAUCUCUCCAAUUUCUUCAUCCACCUGGGCAAACCAACAUACCACUAUGUGCCCGAGUUCAGAAAAGUGUCCAUAGCAGCCACGACAAUCUAUGCGUACGCUUGGCUUGUCCCCCUUGCUCUCUGGGGAUUCCUGAUGUGGAGGAACAGCAAAGUUAUGAACAUUGUCUCCUACUCGUUCCUGGAGAUCGUCUGUGUGUAUGGCUACUCCCUCUUCAUCUACAUUCCCACCGCGAUUUUGUGGAUCAUUCCACAAGAAGUGGUGCGCUGGGUGCUGAUGAUAUUCUCCCUUUGCCUCUCGGGCUCUGUUUUGGUGAUGACCUUUUGGCCUGCUGUCCGAGAUGACAACCGGAGGGUUGCGCUGGUCACUGUGGGGACUAUUGUUCUGCUGCAUGCCCUGCUGUCUGUGGGCUGCUUGGCAUACUUUUUUGAUGCUCCUGAAGUGGAUGUCCCUGCACCUACUAGCCCUGCUCAAAAUGGAACAGUAAUAACAAAAAGUCAGUAAAUAAGAUCCCAGUGCCCAUCUAUCCCUCUGUGCAGUUAUGCUAUUUGGCAUUAUUUUUGCACUGAAGACCAGGGCAAGAGCAGAUGUUACUUGUGGAAGGGAGGCCGUGCUGCCCUCGCCCUGCCCGCUGGAGGCGGUGCGGCUCUGCGAGGAGUCAACAGCUGCUCCCGCUCCCUUCGCAGCAGUUACUUCAACUUUGCCAUGCUCCUUACACUAUUUUGCCAUCGAAUAAAGUGUCCUGAAGGCAGUGUGA